CGUUGAGCAAAUGGCGGAUUAAAUGGCAAAACAGUUGCCAUUCAUUUGACUCUUUGGCUAAUUGUGUGCUAAUUGUGUCGACAUUUGGGUGAAUGCAGUGAAGUGUUAUGUGGAUGUGUUUGUCACCACAACACCAUAGAUAUGAUGAGGAAUAAUAUGUCACUUCAGUUGACAGAUCAGCCGCACAAUGCGGUGAGUGGGAUCAACCGGAACAGCCCUUCGCGCACAAGUAUCCGAAUAUCGCCGCCAAUCGCACCCAACAAUGAGACCAAAACCAAUGUGAGGACCAAUUCAUCAAAUGUCAUGAGAAGUGAUUCAGAGCCGCACUCUUUGCUCGUCAACCAGACGUCUGGUAUCCAUCCAAACAACGUGUUGAUGAAGAAUAGCAAUGAUGUGGUCAAUGAUAUGUAUUCUCAUCCAUAUUAUGAUUCAAAUAAUUAUAUGUCUCAUACCAACAAAUACGGUAUAAGUGUUGGUCAGACAGCUAUGAUUGGGACCAAUGGUGUAAGCAAUGGUGCAGUUGUUGUUGCAAACGGCAUGAAUUGUGUUAACUUAAACCCAAACACUAUUAACCACUCGAGGGCUUCCCUCGAAGACCAUGGCGUAGAUGUGGGACGAGUCAGUCCCAGCACUAGUAGUAAUGACAGCAGAAAAUCGAGAUAUAGUUCUGCGAGUCUGGACAGUGGCCGCGGAAGUGAUACUAAAACUACUGGCCAAUCGCAUCGAGUGUCUGUUCACAGCUGCGAGUCAUUGGGCUCUCAAUCCAGUAAUAAAGACAACUAUAACCGCAACUCGUCUUCGUCUUCAAGUAUCGGCAGUGGAAAUAGUGUGACAACUGAUGCCGACAUUACUAUUACUGGCGAUCACACCUGGACUUCAGUAAGUGGUGCCAGUGUUGGCCCAUCUAUUACUGGACCCCUCAGUAUUCCCGAAAUGGUUUUGCAUGGAAUAUCUGAUGAGGAGAUAAUCCAUUCAUGGCUCUCGCGAAUCCACUUCUCGGAAUACGCCAAUAACUUCAUCCGUGCCGGUUAUGACAUGCCCACCAUCUCCAGAAUGACACCUGAGGAGUACUUCCCAAUCCUAUGUCAACAGGGAUAUGAUUCGGUCGAUAGGGUGACUGAGCUGGCCUGGGAGGACCUGGAGGAGGUGGGCAUCACUAAGUUAGGCCAUCAAAAGAAGAUAAUGUUAGCCAUAAAGAGGAUACAAAGCGUUAACAAUCAUAUGAGUCGCUCUCAACCAUCGGAAGCAUCGCAUAACUUAUCACUUCCACUGAUAUACAGUAACACCAAUGCCUGCGCUGAUGGACUAACUCGUGCUCACAAUAACAGUUAUCAGAUGCCAGUCAACACCCAAUUUCAAGAUACAGUUCCCAUCAAAAUGUUCGCACCGACCAAAUCGACGCCUUCACCCACUACUGAACAGCCCAUAACUCCACAGCUGAAGACUUUCCAACAGUUGCCGAACAAUGGGUUCAUGUUUUGCAGACAACGAAGCGAAGGCCCGUAUUUGGCUUUUAUACCAAAUGACACACAAAAUGCUGUCUUUCAAUCAUCUCGUGGCAGAUCUCUUGAGAGUUUGGAUAACAAUGAAAGCAAUUAUUAUCACAUGUAUUGUGCAAAACAACAACAACCCAAUCAUAUGUUCAAUGGGUUUCCAAAGCAAACGCCUUUUUGUGACAAUGAUUUAACUCACAGAGAAUGCGAACAAAUCCAUGGCUACGAAACGGACAGCGAAUUGAUGAAUAGCUAUGCAAACAAUCGGAGAAUGGUGUAUGAAAUCGAUGGAACGGCUACUUUGAACAGACCUAAGGGAUUGAUUAAAGCUAAACCGGUGGCUAAGAUUGUGGCCAAAACGAGACAAACGGAUUCAAAUGGAUUUAAUAACCAAAUAUAUGACUCACAAAAGAACGGCUCAUUUGAGAAGAGGUUUGAUCCCAUUUCUCAGAGUGAGAACAGUUUACAGCAAAACACUUACAUUUGCGAUGACUUGCAAUCAAACACUUACUAUCAGGACAUGUCUCCGCAAAUAUACGCGAGUCUCAAACGUAAGAAAACUCCUCCGCCACCACCCAAACGGGUCAACUCCAUGCGAAACACACCCAACAGUUCGCCUCUAUAUGUGGGCCCAAACAUGCCUUCAUUCAGUCCUAAUCCUCACUCAACUCAUCGGCAAAGUUAUGAUCAGUUUCAGGAACAGGUGUUCGCCUCGUGUGUCAAGAGUUUGACCUCUCGUUUCUCUAUUAACAACAACACCGACACCAUUGACCGGAAUCCCAGUGCCGGUCGACAUUCUAAAGAGAUAGUGGAUUAUUCCAAUGACUUCCCUCCGCCCCCUUCGCCCUUAUCUUUCAAUGAAUGCCAAAACUAUAAUACAUUGCAGCGAAGGAAAGACAAAUGCGAGCGCGACUGCAAUAUCUCCAGCAGUUCUUCGACUGAAUCGAUGCCUUUCGCCAACGACAACAUCGGGACAAUCAAACAACGCGUCAGUAUUGACUAUACGGACAAAGACGUUCACUCGCCCUCACAUUCAUACACAUGUUCGGCACCCACUUCGAUGACCAGUUCCCCCACAUCUCCCACUCAUCCCAAUAACACUAAAAGUAUUUUAUCAGAAGACUAUUCAAACAAGAAUUCUGACCCGAAAGUAUUAACUAAAAUGGUGUCACCCGUCAAACAUAGAACUACUGACCAUCAGAGAAUGGUUGGCAGAAGUAAUGGACUCAGAGAGAAUCCAUUGGACCCAUUGGAUGAUAUUGAGACAAUGUUAGUGAAUCUGUCCAACCAAUUGGAUCUAAUGCUUGAAACAGAUAAUCACAUGAAGCGUAAUAACAAUUAGUGUUUGACAACUACACAAAGGCUUGAAAUCCUUUUCGUACAAAAUCAAAACUUGAAAUUUGAAUAAAACUUCAGUCAAACUUUAGUGAUAUAUCAAAUGAACGAAUGAAUGCACGAAUACAUCAAAAUGUUUUAUAUUUACAUCUUUGACAGCUGUUCUGUAGUCAUAUACACAGUAUAUAUAAAUUUAUAAAUAUAUCUAAAGCCUAAUUAUUUUAGAAAACCUUUUUAGAGACAAAUUUAUAGUAUUUUUAAUAAAUAGUUCCACAAAACAAAUGUAAUUAUUACUAGUCUUCACUCUAAC